AUGACGCAUUCACAUCAGUCACCCCAGACGGCCAUGUCCGGCUUUCUGGACUCAAUGAAACAGGAUUCAAGCUCACCUUCGUAUUCCUUGUUCGGACCGACACAGUAUCCUGAGAGUGUUGCAUUCUGGCACGAUCCCUCUGCGGCACAGACAAUCAUAGUGCCCCCUUCAUAUACAACCUCCCAGAAACAAGCCCUCUUUCAACCUCUCUCGGACCAGAAGAAGCAUAAGCGCACCCGGAGCGGCUGCUUUACCUGCCGUUCGCGCCGGAUUAAGUGCGAUGAGAACCGUCCACUCUGUGAACGGUGUAGGAAAGGGAGCCGCGAUUGUGUCUAUCCUUCACCCACCGCAUCCUCCAAGGCUAGCUCACGAACUAAAGCCAAGUCGCGCGCUGGUCACCCGCAGUCGCGUGGCAGCGAUUCAUCCACAAAGAUAGAACCCGAGACUCUCAGCCCCUUGCAACCCAUCAUCGACGAAGAGGAACCCGACAGUGUUGUAUCCGAAUCCCGACCGUCCCCAGCAAGCGCCACAACCACAUCACAACCGGACCUGCGUAAGAGUCAAAGCGCACAAUCUCUUGAGAAACAUAGUGAAUGGCCCAUGUCCGACGCUGGUUCUUACACCAAAGAACAGAGUGGUUCGCCAUCAACUGAGUCACCGCGCUUUGAGUCGAUGAGCGUGCGCUCAGGCAGCCUGGGACAUUCCACAACAGAAUUGCUCAACAAUGCGCGUCUACCGGACGAUCUGCGAUUUUAUUUAAAUUUCCAUCAGGAUUUUAUGACUCCUCCACAUUUCUUCUUGAGACAGCGUUCCUCUCAUUUCGUCCACCACAGCCUUAUUGAACUUGCCUUGCAGUAUGAGCCUCUCCUCUACACCCUAGUGGCCUUUUCGGCCUACCAUCAUUCUCUACACAGCCCUGGGGGAAAGCUCUACACAUUUUUGAAAUACUAUAAUAAAGCCUUGAUUCUCCUCCGGAAAUCAUUGGGUUCUGGAGAGGAGCACAGUGAAGCUACACUGUGUACUGUUCUUACACUGACAACAUUCGAGGAAUACAUUGGCGAUUGGAUGAACUUGAUCGACCACCACCAAGCAGCACAUGCAUUUAUGCUAGAGUUGAUCACACCAGAGUCCGCCAACGUGAACGAGUUACAUACCAAUAUCUUCUUAUGGUACUCGCGCUUCGAUGUAGUCGUGGGGAUUUUGGCCGGUACCGAAACAGUCCUCGGUCGAGACUGGUAUCUUGCAAAGGAGCAGUAUGAUGCCGAGCAGGCCGCUAUAUAUCCGGAUGAUCCAUCCAAACAACUCGCCCUUGUGGCAUCAAUCAACCGACGCUUUGGCUUGGACAUGGCUUCCCUUUAUGCGAAGUUAUCUCGCGGCAUGAUAUCAAUGGACCAAUUCGCCAUUCAGAACGAACAACUGGGCGAAUGGCUCGAGCAGGUCAAGACGAUUCUCAGGACAUUCGAUGAUUACGAAUACAAAGUACAACACUACCCACAGAAGCAGCCCUUGACCGAAGAUGACGUUGUCGAUCCAUAUGUCCCAGGUGUCUUGCAUCGAGGUCCCUUGUGGGAUAUUAAUUAUGCUUGGAUCGACGUUCUCGCCACCGAGACAAUGUACAAGUUCCAGACCAUGCAAUCACUGCAGCAGCCUUUGCUUCAAGACUUGCACGAAUUGGCGAAGGAGCAGUGCCGCCUGAUGGAGACGAUGAUUCGCUGGCCCUACAAGGAAAAUGGAUAUUGCAUCAAUUUCAAAAACAGCAUUGGCAUGUUGGGCAUGUUCCUUCCCAGGGAGCAUAAGUAUCAAAUGUGGGCUCGGCGCAAGUUAGUGUUGUUAGAGCAACAUGGGUACAUCAUCACCCCUAGUUUCCGCACCGGGCUUGCUACCAUCUGGCAAGUUCCAGAGGUUAACCAUUGGUGGCUUCCUAACGAUGAAGGGUAUACCGGCAUUGUCCGCGAGAUUCGUUCCUUGACCGACGAACGUUCAUCACAAACACGCGAUGAGAAGCGCGAGACUGUUCGUGAUAUGAAGUAUAUGUUCGGGAAGUUGAAUCUGGAUGAAACCGACGACGACAAGAGCCCUUCAUAG